UCAGACGUCGCUGCAGUCGACAAGCCAUGGGGGUCUCGACAUGCGCUGUGUCAUCGGUAGCUGCGUGAACAACUUGACGAUAACAUUUGUGCUUCAGCGAUGGUCGUUUUGUAGCACUGCUGUACUGUUUGGACGUCGGUCGUCCAGCAGGCGUUGAUUUCUCGCACGGAGUUCCAUCGAGUUUGGCGGCUGUGCUGGUGCUCACUGGGAAAAUGCGUCUGCUCGUGGCCUGCACUCUGGCAGUGUUUACCUGCCGCAUGUCUGCUGAUGCUGCAGGUUCUGGCCUUCAGUGUGUCAUGAGGGGGGCCUGUGGAAUAGACCCAGUGACGGAAAAGCCCAUGCCCUGUGUUGACCCAGGUCCCCCCAAAGCUGUUAGUGCCAAGUCCUGGAAAUUGCUCCAGGGAAUCUGUCCAGACCUGGUAUCAGGCCAAGAGAAAGCAUUGUGUUGUGACGAUGACCAGGUCACUGCUCUUGCCACAAAUCUUGAACUUAUGCGUGGGCUCAUCCAGAAUUGCCCAUCUUGUUUCUUCAACCUGGCACGUGUAUUUUGCAUGGUGACAUGCUCCCCUCACCAGGACAAUUUUCUUGAGGUUACGCAAUUCAACAAGUCUACCAAAGGAAUUUCAGAAGUCAACUAUUAUAUGACACGGAAUUAUGCUGUGGGUGCAUUCUCAUCAUGUUCGGGGCUAGAUUCUGGAAUUUUGGGUGCACUUUGUGGCAGCUUUAGUGACGACUGUGGCCCUGAGACGCUCAUGAUGGGUCUUGGGAUGCAUGACCCAUUGCAUUCGCCAUUCCAGAUGGACUUUGUGUUUAGUGAUUCUCCUGUUGUCUCGCACGGACACACAUACACACCUAUGAAUGCCACCUACAAAAAAUGCUCAGAGCCAGGGGCACCCGGUGCUGCUCCAUGCAGCUGCUCCACCUGCUGGGAGUCGUGCGCCCAUUCGGACUACCCAGAAAUGCAUAAGCCCUGGAAGAUACUUGGAAUGAGUGGCUUCUACUUGCUGGCAAUUGUCAUCUACGCAGUCUUCUUUGUGGUUGUCAUGACACUCUACCUUAUUGCACGUUGCAGGAAUUCUCGCACGCCGGGUGGCUGUGUGAAUGCGAGCACAUCGUCUGAGUGUGCCGACGAUGCACCCCUGUAUGUAAAGGAUGGAUCCGCAUUGAAGGGCGGGCGCCUGCAGCGAGAGCUGGUGGCCCAGUUUGCCAAGUGGGGUCGAUUGUGCGCUCGUUGGCCGCUGACGGCUAUUGUGGUGUCUGUGCUUGCCGUGGCCAUCUGCUGCGCUGGCCUUACCUUCUUCACCAUUCGCUCCAAUCCUGUUGAGCUGUGGUCUGCACCAAAGAGCCGGGCACGCCUGGAGCGGGAACAGUUCAACCAAGAAUUCGGGCCCUUCUACAGAGUUCAACAGGUGGUCAUUACACGUAAAGGUGGCCAGCCAUUCCCAUACACGCUUCACCUGAAGCGGUACAACUUGACCGUCAAUUUUGGAGCAGUUUUUGACAAGGAGUUUCUCCAUCAGGUGGCUACACUGCAAGAGAAGCUUCUGGGGCUCAGCGCAGAGUAUGAAGGGCGAAAUGUUACCCUGGAAGACAUUUGCUUUUCACCGCUCAGUAACGGAAAGUGCAUGGUGCAGUCGCCUCUCAACUGGUUCCAAAACAAUGCCUCACGUCUGGACGAGCAGUACAAUAACAGGACCUACCUGGAACACCUCUACUUCUGCUUCAGCUCGCCACUGUCGCCUAGUGAUGAAGCUUUUGGUGGUAUGCCUUGCUUGGGUCAGUAUGGAGGGCCUGUGUUCCCUUAUGUUGGUCUUGGCGGCAUCGUUGGUGACCAGUACUAUUCGGCAUCUGCCCUUGUCAUCACGAUUCUUGUGAACAACAAUGUGAACCCAUUGCUUCUUGGACCUGCCAUAGCCUGGGAGCGGAAGUUCAUUGAAACUCUCAAGAACUUCUCCAAUGCAAACAUGAGCAUCGCCUUCAUUUCAGAGAAUUCCGUAGAAGACGAGCUGGAGAGAGAGAGCCAGUCUGAUGUGUUUACUGUCCUACUCAGCUACUUUGUCAUGUUUGUGUACGUGUCUCUUGCCUUGGGCCAGUACCGUUCCGUGAAAACUGCACUGGUGGAUUCUCAGGUGACACUGGGACUGGCAGGGGUUGUCAUAGUCCUUGCUUCAGUGGCCUCGUCACUAGGGCUGUUCAGCUACUUUGGGACGCCAACCACUCUUAUCAUCAUCGAAGUCAUUCCUUUCCUUGUGCUUGCUGUCGGUGUGGACAACAUCUUCAUUCUUGUCCAGGGAUUUCAGAGAGAUGAUGGCUCAGAAGAGGAGCCUAUUGAAGACAAGGUAGCACGUGUGGUCGGAAACCUUGGGCCAUCUUUGCUCCUGGCUAGUUUCUCAGAGGCUACCUGCUUUUUCCUAGGGGGCCUGAGCACCAUGCCAGCUGUGAGGAUGUUUGCCCUCUAUGCUGGUGUCGCGCUUCUCCUUGACUUUGUUCUUCAGAUGACCUGCUUCAUUGCUCUGCUCACACUCGACGCAAAGAGACAGAGGAUGCAACGCAUGGAUGUAUGCUGCUGUAUUUCUGGAUCAAAAACAGUCCUUAUCGAGGAUGAGUCAUCGCAAGGAUUUUUGUACCGACUUUUUGAAAACCACUAUGCCCCUGCCUUGAUGAAGGAACCAAUUCGUCUCACCGUGAUGUUCGUGUUUGUUGGAUGGAUGUGCUUGUCAUUUGCAUUUCUGGGAAACACUAAGAUAGGCUUGGACCAAGAGAUAUCCAUGCCUCUUGAUUCCUACCUUCAAGAGUACUUCCACAUGCAGAAGACUGCGCUGGCCGUCGGGCCACCACUGUAUUUUGUAGUCCAGCCGGGCUACAACUACACACGCUACGAGGACCAGGAUCUCAUUUGCGGCUUGCCUGGAUGCAGCUCGCAGUCGUUGUACUCGCAGAUCAGCUUGGCUGCUUUCUACCACAACUUGACAACCAUUUCUCAGCCCCCGAUGUCUUGGCUGGAUGACUACGUCACGUGGACCAAGACACAAUCGUGCUGUGCAAUGGACAACUCUACAAUGGCCUUUUGUCCUCGCAACCACACAAGGCCCAAGACUUGUGUGCCCUGCUUGUCAAAGCAAAAGCAGCAGGAACGCCCUGUUGGUGACACAUUCCAGAGGUUCCUCUUGGAAUUCCUGAAUGACAACCCUGAUGCCACAUGUCCCAAAGGGGGUCAUGCUGCCUAUGCAAAUGCAGUGCAGAUCUAUAACAAGAACAGUUCUCAUAUUGGAGCGACACAGUUCAUGACUUACCACACAGCAUUGGCAGACUCCGACGACUUCACACGGGCACUUAGGAUGGCACGAUUCGUGGCUGACAAUGUCACGCAUGAACUCCAAGCUUCCUCUUCUGCUCAUAAUGCCACAGUGUUUCCAUACAGCAUCUUCCACGUGUUCUACGAGCAGUACCUGACAAUCGAGGCCGAGUCCGCGGUCCACCUGAGCAUCUCGCUGGUGGGAAUCUUUGGCAUCACCUUUCUGCUGCUUGACCUGAACCUGAAGGCGGCUGCGAUUGUCUGCUUCACCAUUGUCAUGAUCAUUGUGGACAUACUGGGCAUCAUGUACUUGUGGGACAUUGCCCUCAAUGCUGUCUCUCUAGUCAACCUCGUCAUGGCUGUCGGCAUAUCUGUGGAGUUCUGCUCUCACAUUGUCCGGGCUUUCCUCAUGAGUGGACAGCCCUCUCGUGUUGCACGGUCUGAAGAAUCUCUUGCAACCAUGGGAAGCUCUGUGCUGUCUGGCAUCACACUGACAAAGUUUGGCGGUGUCGUAGUGCUGGCCUUCUCGAAGUCGCAGCUGUUCCGGGUUUUCUACUUCCGCAUGUACCUGUCCAUUGUGCUGGUGGGCGCCGCACACGGGCUCAUCUUCCUUCCCGUCCUGCUCAGUUACGUAGGGCCUUUCAAAGCCAAGUCUGUGGCAUCGGGAUCACAUUGAACAUCCACUUGUCUUAGUCUUAUCUUGCCACUACACGCGGAAGUUAGGUUUUUAUUGUACAAAGGAUAUAUGUACAUAUAUAUGUGUGUGAUAGAUUCAAUUACUAUCACCAUGAAAAUGGCAGCAAAUGUCAUCCGAGUGCCUGCUUUGCCAUUUUGUUCUGUUACAGUAGUUUAACAGAUUUAUGAUGUAACGAUUUUGUUUUAAAGAUCUCAGCUCUUAUGACACGUUUUACUUCACUUGAUAUAGAAGAACUGCGUAAAACAUCCUUGCUUGUUGAGGUGAAAUAAAGUGGGAUGGCACAUUUCGUAUACGCAUACUUAAGGCAGCGCAGGUAACUCAUCUGCGUUUGUUCACUGUAAAAGCAGAGUGAAAAUUAGAAUGUGCCUUAUAUACCGAGGCAAAGCCAAGGUUUUAUUCUAGGCAUCACUGGAUUUUGUACUGAUGGAAACAUCCUUUUAUAAAAUUUAAGAUGCCUCGGUUGUGUAACCUCAAGUUUGUUUGCUUACUGACUUGAAUGGUGUUUUAUGCAAUAAAAUUGUUGAACUGUU